AUGCGCGAUGGACAUCAGAGCAAUCUCCACAUCGUCAAGCCGGGCAACUCAUCCGGGGCAAACCCGGUGGUUGUUCUAAUCUUCGGCGGAGCGUUCGUCAUGGGCAGUAACAUCCAAUCGAUUGUCUGGGCCCGCACGAUCGCAGCACUGUACGGUGCCACCGUGGUCCAGCCGUCCUAUCGCCUAGCACCGGAGCACAAGUUUCCGACAGCCCCAAACGACAUCUGGGAUAGUGUGCAGUGGAUAGCAGCUAGCGCGUCUGCGCUUGACGCCGACCUGACGAAAGGGUUUGUGCUAGGUGGCGGAUCAGCCGGCGGAAACCUUGCAAUUGUGACCGCGCACCGCGCAGUGAAAGAGAAGCUCUCGCCGCCGAUUACGGGCGUUCUGGCCAGUAUUCCAGUGUGUAUGAGCCAAGAGACUGUGCCGGAGAAAUACAAGGAGCUUUGGGUAUCUCGGGAGCAAAACGCGUAUGCGCCUGGGAAUCCCGGUCUAGAUACCAAAUCGAUUAAAGGAUAUGAGGCUCUCUACCAGCAAGAUCGCCUGUCGGAGGACUUUUCGCCUUUUAACUCGACAGUGCCGUUCUCUGCUCUUCCGCGGACGUAUGUUCAGGUCGCAGGGCUGGAUAUUCUCCGCGAUGACGGCAUUGUCUAUGCGAAGGUUCUGAGAGAUAAUGGCGUUGAGGUGAGGCUUGAUGCUUAUCCUGGCAUGCCGCAUGGCCAUUUUAAUUUAUGGCCACACUUGAAGCAGUCAAUCAAGUCACAGGAGGAUACUGUCUGGCAUUUUGGAUGGCUUUUGCGUCGUCCGGUGUCCAGGGAAAGGUAUCUCCGACCGAGUAGUCGUCUACCCCUCUCGAAGAUCCCCCACCAUAUGCAACAUCGCCUCUCCUCACAACCUAACUCACGCAAAAGCCCAACAGCAAUGGAAUCAGUAAAAGGAAAGGUCUACGCCGUAACAGGCCUCGCGGGGAUCGGCCUCGCCGUCGCGAAACAACUCUACCGCUCCGGCGCGCGUCUCUCCCUAGCCGACAUCGACGAGACGGCCCUCGCGGCCGCGUUUGCGCAACUCGAUUCCGACGCUGAGAAUGUGCUCACGACCAAGGUUGACGUGGGGUCUUCGGAGUCAGUGGACGCGUGGAUUGAGGCUACGGUCCAGCGCUUCGGGCGGUUGGAUGGCGCUGCCAAUAUGGCGGGGAUGAUUGGGAAGAAGCACGGGACGGGUCGAUUGACGGAGCAGGACGAUGAGGAGUGGGAUCGGCUGCUGCGGGUGAAUUUGACGGGGACGAUGUAUUGCGUGCGGGCCCAGGGAGUGAGAGGGUUUGCAUUGCAUGUGGCGUAUUCGACGUCGAAGCAUGGCGUUGUUGGGUUGACGAAGAGUGUGGCCAAGGAGGUUGGGCCGGAUAUUAGGGUUAAUGCGGUUGCGCCGGGAUCGAUUCAGACUCCUUUGCUGGACAAGUCGGUUGUCAUUCAAGGCGGGUAUACACAGCCCCCGACCAUCAUUCCACGCACUGGGACGGCGGAUGAAGUUGCGCAGUCGGUGUUGUUCCUGCUCAGUGACGCUGCCUCGUUUACAACUGGUACGGUCCUUCAGGUGGAUGGCGGUUGGGAUCCAUAA